GACAUGCAGACGUCUCCUUUUGUACCUAGCCGUGUCUACCCUUGACCGUGUCUUACCCCGACCGUGUCUCCAGAAUAUCCCGUCCACACGGUUUCUACCGACGACUUCGGCGUCAAGUCGGACGCCGUGUUCGUAAACUUUAACAACAGACUGAUCUUCGAUGCCUUCAAAUGAGCGAGUUUGCAACAACGAAUUAAUUUGUGCGCUGUCUUCAUUACCCCGACACACCCUAUAGACUGCAGAAGCCCGCUUUUCCACGAAAACAUGGCCGCGCAACAGCCCACAGCGGCGGUCAUCGGCGCUGGCCCAGCCGGUCUCGUAGCUCUCAAGAACCUGCUCGAAGAAGGCUUCAACGCCACGGGAUUCGAUAGAAAUCCGUACGUGGGGGGUUUGUGGCAGUACACCGAGGACGAUAGGACCUCUGUAUUGCAGAGUACCGUGGUGAACAUUUCGAAAGAAAGGGGUUGUUUUACGGACUUCCCGUAUCCAGAAGAUGUCGACUCAUAUCCUACGGCGGCAGAAGUCCAGGAAUACUUGGUCCAUUACGCAGAGCACUUCAAGCUAGUGCCGCAUUUGUGUCUUAACGCAACCGUCCGGGGAAUCAUACACGAUGACGAACGCCAGCAAUGGGCUGUCGAAAUUGAAGGUAAAGACACACAGUACUUUGACAAGUUAGUGUUGGCGAUCGGAGGUCUGACCAGUCUGCCUAAUCUUCCAAAUGUGGAAGGACUCGAGCUGUUCAAAGGCGUGAGCGUGCACUCGCGUGCAUUCAAGAAGCCUAAACAGUUCGAAGGGAAACGGGUCAUGGUGGUCGGUUUUGGCAAUACAGCUGCCGAUACAGCAACAGCACUUGCAAGUGUAGCACAAAAGGUCUAUAUCGCGCAUAGAAACGGAGCACGCGUUCUGCCUCGUCACAUCAGUGGGAGACCUGUUGACCACGCCCUGAGUUUACGCCUAUUCACCAUACAACAAUGGAUCAUAAGUAGCUUUCCGGUUUUUGGCACCAAGAUGUUCGAUAAGUUUGUCAAAAAGUUGCAGGAUAAGAGCUUCAAGCUGCGUCCUGAGUGGGGCUUUGAGCCUCCUCAAGUGACACCAAUAGUCUCAGACUACCUGGUAGAUUAUCUUGAACGUGGACUCAUCGAGUCCGUCAAAGGCGUGAAGCGUAUCCUCGGCGCUUCCCAAGUUGAGCUCGACGACGGCAAGACACUCGACGUCGACGUAAUCAUCUGGUGCACUGGCUACAAAACCGACUUCAGUAUGCUCGAACCGCGCUUCGACCCUACCAGCCACUCUUCAUCCGAGUGGAAAGCUGCUAGCGGAUCGAACGGCAAACAGCUUCUGAAUCUGUACCACAACGUCUUCUCAGUUGAAAAACCGCAGAGUCUGGCGUUCCUGGGCAAUGUGCAUACGACACUCGCUGGCUUCCAGCUCUUCGAUAUGGCAAGUAUGGCCAUCGCGCAGGUCUUCAAGGGGGCAUCCACGCUUCCGCCAAGACCUGUACUGAAAAGCGCGGUGGAGUCACAUCAUACGUGGCUGGCUGAGCAAGCAAGCCGGCGCUCCAAUGUUUCCCCUGGCAUGGUCGACGGCGGAGUCUGGAUGCAGGCAUUUGACGACCUGGCCGGCGGUAGAGUCAACGAGUACUUGGGUUAUGGGUGGAAGGGAUGGUGGUUCUGGCUUUGGAAUAUGAAGCUGUGUAAUAUGCUCAUGGGUGGAGUGUGGAGUCCACAUGUUCAUCGGUUCUUUGACGGAAAGAGAAGGAGGUGGGCAGGUGCUGGGGCGGCGAUCGAAGACAUGAAUAGGAGAAGGGGUGCAGGUACGAAGAAAUGCGUCUAAGAGCUGUGGCAAGUCGGACAGAUUCGCGCUGGAGAGUCCUUUGCGUGCAUGUCGCCAUGAGAACUGCACCAAGAUGUCACAUCACGAGAGCGAGAACUGUGGGGCAUGUACACGAUGACGUCGUUGUCAGGCUAUCUCACUUCUUCAGAAGCCGUAUCUGGCAGCUGCGACGUUGAACCUUCUCAAAACUUAACGUGGCUCUACGUACUGAAGCAAUAUAUCAUAGGCUACUGAUAUUGACAACACACUGCGCAGUGUCGAGUGAGGAAAGGGAGCAACGUUAACGGUGAACGGUGAUCUUCAUUUCUCGGGCCAAUCGGGUGGGAGCCGCGGCAGCACAGAAAGUCGCGAAGCUGCGAGAUUGAGCUCGAACUUUCU